AUGGUUUUAAUAUGUUCUUUGUAAGUUUUCAAGUCACGUCGUCAUUGAAGAAAGCAUGUUUCAGGGCGUUACUCUUGGCAGUCGAACGAUACUUCGCCACCAUUUGGGUGUCCACUUAUGAGAUGAAAAAGCACAAAUGGAUUUCAAUUGUCCUGGUUAAAUUGAAUAUAGUAGCAGGUGUGAUAGGAACACUGAUCUUUCACUAUGGUAUGCUAUUUUGAAAUUCCUCCAGAUGCACAACGGUUUCAGAACUGAUCAGCGUGUUGCUUCUGGUCGCUUUAGGCCUCUCUCUCAACGUCAUCUCAAUAUUUUCAUUCAUCACAUUGUACAAUCUGAACAGAACGAAUCUGAAGUAUUGUCAAACUAGGGAAAUGAGCCCUUUGUACACGUUGAGCUUCAGGUUCCAGCUAAAUGAAAAUUUGAAAAUUAUGAAGGUAAGUUUAUGAAGAAGGUUCCCGAGGAUAAAGUUCUUAUUUGUUCAGUGGCUCAAAAACUCGAUUGUAGUGAUGGCAGCUCUGAAUAUGACUCUUGCCGGCUUCCUCAUCGGUAACAUUACUGCUGAAGCUUUAAUAGAAAACCGACGAAAACGAUCUGUUUCAGUUUCGAAUGAUGAAUAUUUGCGCAACAAUAAUCAGGCCAUCGUCAAGCAUUUUCACACUUUUUUCAACUUUGCAAUCGCUGUGUGAGUAACAAAAAAAGUCACAUGAAACUGAAAAGAUAGUAUUCAGGUACGGUCAAAUCCUAAUAUUCGUCUUUCUUCUGGCGGAUAGGAACUUCCGCCGACUCUUCCUCCGAUUCGAUCUGAUCCGAAUGAUGACAAAGCCUUUCUUCGGACGCGUUUUCCCCGAAGAUUUUCGAUCGAACAGCAAUCUAUCGACAAACGACGAGACGAACGUAUACUUCACAAGUCUGAGCAGUCAAUGGGACGAUCAGAUGCGGAGAAAGUCUAUGGAUAUUCUGAAAAAGGUCGAAGCGCAGAACGAGGAGAAGAAGAAGAAGAAGAGGAGAAGUGGACGGAGGAGAAUAUUCCCGAAAAGAAGUACAAAUGAGGAUAACUGA